CCGCCCCGACCUCGGCCCGGCCGGCAGCGCUGCUGCCGCCUGCUGCAGUACGGCCUGCUCGCCUGCCUGCUGCCGCCGCUGCUGAACCACGCCGCCCUGCAGACGGAGCGACAGCACCUGCGGACUCACGGUCAGCUGUAUGAUGUUGGAUCUGGUCAGAUGAUGUAUUUCCGGUGUGAGGGGGAAGGAGUCCCCACCGUGGUUCUGGACCCCCCUGCCGGCCUGUCCUCGGACGUAUGGCUGGCGGUGCUGCCCCGACUCAGUGAGCUGACCCGCACCUGUGUGUUCGACCGGCCCGGGCUCGGCUUCAGCGACAGGCCGAUGCCUCCCGGCGAGCGCGACCGGCAGCUGCCCGGCUUCAGUCCGCCGGCGUACACGGCCGGCGGCACGGUGGCCGACCUCCACCGCCUGCUGACCCAGGUGGCGCCCCAGCCGCUGCCGCUGGUCUACGUCGGCGCCGGGCUGGGCGCGCUGAACGCCAGGCUGUACGCCCACCUCUAUCCCAGCGAGGUGAGUGACCUGGUGCUGGUGGCGCCGAUGACGGAGGAGCUGCUGGCGGACGGCGGCCCGUGGCUGCGGCACGUGCACGGCCGCCUGCUGGCGCCGCUGCAGACGCUGCACGUGGCGGCCGCCACCGGCCUCACGCGGCUGAUGCUCAUGUUUGGUCUGAUGGAGGCGCCGCUCAGCGAGGCUGCCGAGCUGCUCGGGGAGGAGGCCGUCAACAGACAGAAGCACCUGAUGUGCCAUCCGCGGCACGCCAGUACCGUGGUGGACGAGCACCAUUUCCUGAACGAGACCGCCGCCCAGCUGCGUCAGGCGGGUCUGCUGCGUCCGCUGCCGACCGGCCGGCCCACCGUCACCGUUAUCACCGGCGACAGGCACGACGGCUCGCUGCCCGCCGCGCUCAACGACGCCUGGGCGGCUGCGGCGCGGGCGGCCGGCGGAAAACUGGAGACAAUCGCUGACGCAGACGGAGUGGCCCUGCCGUACCUCAGACCCGAGCAGCUGGCAGCCAAGAUACGGAGGGCGGCCCGCGAGCGACGGACCCGGCUGGCACAGCGCGACGAGCCAGCGGCCGCCGAGGGUCAGGCCGCGGCGGCCGCCGGAGGACAGAGCGCGGCCUCUGCCUGACGCACUGGCUCGCUCCGGGAGGGGCGCCCGCCGACGGAAGGGCGAGGCUGCCGGACACGCCGCACGGCCCGGACGGCUAAGUCAUGUCUGGGCAAUCAUGCCACGGACGACUGUGAGUCGCUGGAUUUUAAAGGCUGCCAGGUGUGCGCUGAGGUGCAGGUGUCAUGUGUCAUGACUCGUCCGUCGGAUAUCACCGGAGCUGCUUUUCGCGUGAUUGUUUCGUUCGGCUGUAUGACCAUUCCUUUUUGUACCGAUUUUUGCCGUUACUGGGACUUGGACGGUCAGCUGCAUAUGACGGUGCGUGUAGUGGGCAAAGUGGUUAGGUACACUGGCCAUUUAUCAGCAGCUGCCUGCGUUCGGGAAAAAACUGCACUACCGCGUUAAGUUGAUCACGAUAUUCAUCUGCUGUGAGGGUAUUACAGGGUGUCGGGGGAGUGCUAGGAACCAGUGGACUGCCGUGAUUCGUCAACCGGCAGACACUCGCGGGACAGCUAUGUGCGGUCUCGUUUGCGACAGGCUCUGCGGCUGCCGUUACUCACUCGUUACCUGUGUGGUGUAUUGCUGUGUAAUUUUGGACCGAGCUGAUCAGGCUCUCGGCCGAUGACUACCACCGGCGUACGGCCCCGGCGGGGCUGGUUGUCCGCCGCGCCGGCGCUCCAGGGCCCGGUACGUAGCGUCCGGUGGUUAGCCGGCCUUCUGGGGAGACUCAUUGGGCCUUGACAUUCCACGAUGGGAGCGGACCAUUCCGUGCUUGGACGAGUGCAUUCUUUGGCUGUAAUACAUGCUUGAGUGUGUUACUCAGUGGAUCCGAA